AUGCCUGAACUACCCGAAGUCGAAACAGUUUUAAGAGCCCUCCGUGCUAGCGGAGUAGUUGGCUCUCCUAUCUCGCAAAUAGAAAUAAGAAAAGAAUUUCAUAUUAAAGAAAUCACCCCGAGCAAUUUUGCUAAUAACUUAUUAGGACAGCCCCUCGAUACUUUUCGUUCCCGUUCUCCUUAUCAAGAAAUUGGACCUGACCUUAUUCAAGAAGAAAUCAGCGUUGAAUAUUUGCUUUCUCGGUUUCAGAAAUUAAGAAUACCCAUCAAGUCUGCUCUUUUGGAACAAAAAAUAAUGAGCGGUAUUGGCAAUAUUUACGCCUCCGAAAUACUUUUCUUUUGUAAAAUCAGCCCUCUAAAACCAACCAAUAAAAUUACACGGGCAGAAAUCGAAAACAUAAUUUACCACUCCAAAAAAAUUUUACAAAAAUCAAUUGAAUUAGGCGGCACCUCAGUAGUGGAUUUUGUUUCUCCUUUACGAGGAAAAGGCUUUUACCAAAACGAAUUAAAAGUCUAUAUGAAAGAAAAUAAACCUUGUUAUGAGUGCCAAACUCCUAUCAUUAUGGAAAGAAUAAAUAAUCGGAGUAGUUUUUUUUGCCCCCAAUGUCAGAAACUAGGACUUUAA